ACGCGGCCUACCUCGUCCCGUCUGGCCGGCCGGGUGGUUGGACGGGAGAGGUGUCGGUCACCGCCCCCGGCCUCCCCCGAUCCGGCUGCGGGCACGGGACGGGGCCGGCCCGGAGGUGCCGCUGCUCCGCGCCUCGCGUGGCGCCCGGGCCGGAGAGAGGGCUGCGGAGCCGCCGCUGCCCGUGGAAGCGGGGAAGGCCGCGGGAUUCUGAUCGCCGUGCGACGCUUCCUUUGUCUGCCUUCGCUUCCCCCUCCCUCCCUCACGCACGGACUGGCGGUUUCUCUCCCUCUUUCUUUUUUUUUCUUUCCCUUCAAGUUGGGUGAGAUCAUCUCGCCCGGAGGCUGAGAUGAGAUGUGACGGAAAUCUUAAGUGGUCUCGUGGUCCGCGAGGUUUCCUCAUCUAAACUCAGUUGUCGUCUUGCAGUCAGGUGGUAGGCGUUCGGAAAGCGCAUACCUCAUGGCAUGGGGGGCAGGGAGCCUUGGAGAGGGGCCAGAGCCUAAAAGCGUGUCGUAUGUGUGGCUUGGUUAGAAACAUCAUCAAUAGUGGAGAAUGGGCCAGAAUAGAUGUGAAUAAAGAAGGAAAGGAGUUAGUCUUGGGCUGGAAAAUGCGAGUUUCUGGUAUGUGGCACCUGUUUCUUUGCAGUGCAAGAGUAAUCCAGAGCUCUAAAUGGGUUUUACAUUUUGAUUUCUUAGUAAAGAGCCUUAAAUUUUCAACUCCUUGAAAUAUUUUAAAGGCCAAAGUAUUUCAUUUUGGUGGUGUCUGAUAACAAACAUGGCUAGUAGCUGUCAUCCUUGCAGUUAUGUUAAGCAGGUGGGACAGCCAAAGGCUUCACGCUUCUUGUGGUUUCUAAGUGAGUCGCUUAAGGAGUGUGAGUAAUCACCCUGCCGUCCCAUUGUCAACAAAACAGAGUUUACUUCAGUUUUUGUGGGUAGUAGAGUUCCAGAUUUUGCAUGAAUGCAGGAGGAAGAGCAGAGAAUCCCUCUUUCACCCAGCAGUUUAAGUUUAGGUUGAGGGAGUCUACAUGCGAUGGGCUUCUCAUCUCAGGAACCUACGUGUGAGUUUCUCUGCAGCAGCCUGGUGCUAUAGGCAGGAAGUCAGUUAAGGUAUGGGAGCUGUAGGGCAGGCACUAACACUUACUGUUAGGUUUUCCUCUCAGUAGCAGCAUUACGUGAAACUAAAUAAACUAUAUCUGUCAUCUUCCAUGUGCUACUUAUCUCAAGUAUUAAGUCAGCUGGAGGCAGAGGCACUUUAAUACUUACUGUGGUAUGGAUUAAGCAUUUUCUUGAUGGCAGUCAAGCGCUGGUGCUGUCAGGAUAGCAAUAGUGCUAUAACCACAUGUUGAGCAGAGGAGGGAUUUUGUUUGGGGGAAGGCAGAGUAGUGAGAUAAAGAGCUGGCUGAGAAAUUGGUGUUUAGAAAUGUGCUGGGAGAAGUGACCUGAUUUGAGCAUAGCCAUUGUGGUAAACAAGAGCCAGUAUUUAACAGCAGAUUGUGAGGCUGAGCACAGAGGGUAACAGUAAAUUAACAGACCCUGCAAACAUGAUGGGAACAGAAAAUGUCUUGAGAGGGGGUACCCAGAUUUCAUGUAGUUUAAGUUAAAUGGGUUUAACAGCUAGGAGGGAAGCAUUACGUACAUCCAAAUGCAGCACUGGAUGCAGGAGACAGAUGUAUGACAAGAUUGACUGGCAUAGUUGGAAGUGCAGUUACUUAUGGUGAAGGGGGAAAAGUGGCAGAUGGGGUGGAAAAUGAGGAGACCAAGGAUGCAUCAGAAUGGAUCCCACAGAGAACAUAAGCAAGGUAUAUUAAAUGUAUGCCAGCGUCUGCUGUUGGCAAAUACAUUUCCUGAUUCUUCGUAUCUGUUGGCAGCAGUGAUUAAGAUUUACUCUUUAAUGAAUGUAUGUUGAUUUGGUUUGCUUGUUGGCUUGUGAACUUGUCUGUGAAGACUAAUUACUUAGUGGGAGUGUGCUGAGAAUGCUGUUCUGUGUUUUCCCGUUUAACACUUGAAGAGAUUGACAUGCUGGUGAAUUGACCCCUCAUAAAGAAGUAUUUACCCAAUAACUUCUUCUCCACGAUUAAACAGAGUGCUAGUGCUGCAUGGCGAUUCCUGGUAAUCUCAUUAGAGAAGUGAUCUGUUCUGUCAGUUGUCUACCACAGCAAGUAUUACAGAUGGCUUUUGUUAAAUGUGAAGCCCCAUUGAAAGGAUGACUCCCUGCUUUCUCUUCUUUAAAACUGAGUAUUGAAGAACAGGUAUGGCCAAGAACAGGGCAAUUCAUUCCUUUGUUAGCUAAUGCUUGGACUAGAGAUUGCAAGGAAAACGUCAAAGUUGUGUCAGAAAGUCAAAAGGGUAACUUCUACCAAAAAUAUAUCUGUAGGCUUUGUGCUAUGGGAGUGGUAGUAAGGACAGAGAUAAUGCUGUAAUGUGCUUAUCAGUAAACAUUUCAAGAGUCCUCCAAAGCAGUAACUGGUUUGGUUUUUUUUUGGAAGUCUACACUGGGUAAUUACAGAACAAUGCUUUCAGUGAUAUUUAGCUUCUGAAGUACUACACGCUGCUGUUUUACUUGGGAAAGGCAGCCUGGCAUCAUGGAUCGCUCCCGGCACCGUGCAGGGAAUGGCAAUGAACAGGCAUCUUCACGAGAGCGUGGUUAUGGUGAAGAUGAGAGGCAACGACAGCUGGAGCGCCUCAGCAGGGAAGAAGCCUAUUACCAGUUCAUCAAUGAACUCAAUGAAGAAGACUACAGGUUGAUGAGAGACCACAACCUGCUUGGCACUCCUGGGGAAAUAACAGCGGAAGAGUUGCAGCAACGUUUGGAAGGAGCUAAGGAGCGUCUGGCAUCACAGACUGAUCUGGAAAACAGAGAAGGUGAAGGUAGAACUGCUGGAGAUUCUGAUGUUCUUGCAGAAAACUCAAAUGGCGAUUCUUUGCUUGAAUGGCUGAACACAUUUCGUCGCACAGGAAAUGCCACUCGUAGCGGACAGAGUGGGAACCAAACCUGGAGAGCUGUGAGUCGAACAAAUCCAAACAGCGGUGAAUUUCGGUUUAGUCUUGAAAUCAACAUAAAUCACGAGCAUAACAAUUUUGAAACCACUGGUGAAGAAUAUGUGGGUAUAGAUCAUAGCAGAACAUAUUCAGAAAGAAGACAUCAAAGAGCUUUCAGUCCAAUAACCGCACGAACAAGAAGCCAGACAAGAAGAGAAGCAAACAGCCGGGCUGCAAGCACUGCACGGACCAGGUCUUUAAGAAGUUCUGUGGUGCAAAGCUCUGAAGCAGCCUCUCAUCCAGUCUCAGGGAGGCUCAGGAGUAGAACGAGGGAGUCGACUGGCCUUCACCAAACAAAUACUACACGUCACAGUUCUACAACUGCUGAUGAACAAAGAGAAAUGCCGGAAAGAGGUACUUCUACGAGAGUUGGAAGGCACAGUAGAUCUAGAACUAACGUUCAGGUGAAUAGAAACCAAAGACUGGAAAUUCUACGGUUGAGGUCUACUUUGAGUAGCCGAAGCCGCUCUCCACUGCAAAGGCAAAGUGGGACUGCUUAUUCUGAAGAACGUGGGCAGAGGCACGAUAGAAGUACACCACAAGCUAGUAGAAGCAGAAGGCAAACAGUGCAGCAUCCUCAGCAGCCUGCUGAAGAACAAGCAAGAAAUAACGCUCAGACGCCUCAUCUUUCCUCUGCACCCCCAUCCUCAGGAUUAACUGCAGAAGAGGAGGAAUCUAGUAGGCCGGUAGCUGCUGUUAGAAGGCAUCCAACAAUUACACUAGAUCUUCAAGUGAGAAGAAUUCGUCCUGGAGAAAACAGAGAUCGGGACAGUAUUGCUAGUAGAACUCGUUCUAGAGUAGGAAUGGCAGAAAACACAGUUACUUUUGAAAGUGACAGUGGGGGAUUUCGGCGGACGAUAUCACGAUCAGAACGUGCAGGUAUUCGAACCUACGUUAGCACUAUACGGAUACCUCUUCGUCGGAUUUCAGAAACUGGACUUGGUGAGCCUUCAUCAGUGGCUCUUCGGUCAAUCCUUAGACAAAUUAUGACAGGUUUUGGAGAACUGAGUUCUUUAAUGGAAACUGAAUCUAACUCAGAAAUGCAGAGAGGUGCUCAUCACUUAGCAGAUGUACGGGCAGAGCAGAAUAACUCAAGUUUAGUAAACAAUAGCAGUGAUCCAAGUGAGGUUUCUUCUCGGAAUAGGCAGAUAGUAGAAGACGACAGUGAAAGAAAUGGACAGAGUGAUGAUACACGACGCUAUGGUAGCGGUAAUGAAAACCAGGAUAGCAGACAGUCUCAAGAUGCUAACAACCUAGUGGAAAAUGGAACUCUGCCCAUCCUUCGGCUUGCCCACUUCUUCCUGCUGAAUGAGGACGAUGAAGAUGAGCGUUUAAGAGGUUUAACCAAAGAGCAGAUUGACAAUCUUUCUACUCGGAAUUAUGGGGAUAUUCACACCGACGAGGAAAUAAGUAAAACAUGUAGUGUUUGCAUUAAUGAAUAUGUAACAGGAAAUAAGCUUAGGCAGUUACCUUGCAUGCAUGAAUUUCAUAUUCAUUGUAUAGAUCGCUGGCUUUCUGAAAAUUCCACUUGCCCAAUUUGUCGGCAGCCUGUACUGGGGUCUAAUGCCACAGACAGUGGCUAAAAUCAUUUGUACUACUCAGUAUUCAAGGAUCUACUUCUGCUCUGUUUAUGAUGAGCCAGAUCAAAUAAAGUGACUUGCAUAGGGGUCCAUUUGUGUGGGGAGUUUUGUUAGAUUUCUUUAAAAAUAAUAGGGAACUUGUCUAAAUCUAGCAAUGUAAAUAACUAUUUUUCUCCAAGUGCAGAUCUAGGAGUACACGUAGAACCAAAUGAUAUCGGUAAAGUUUAUAUUUUUUUAGGUAAUUUUGUUAUGCUAAGCACUUUUGUAAAUAGAGAAAUGCAAUAGUUAAUCGGUCCUGCUUAUUGUAUGGUUUUUUUAACAGUGUAACGGACUCACUUUAUUUAGAUUACAAAUUGUUUCACACAGACCUACCACUGUGUUGAAAGAUUAGUGUCUAAAUAGCCAUUCAUUAGCUUUUUGUUCUAAGAACAAUUUCUUUUACAGAGUCUCUUGCUGGAUAUGUUUGCUAAAGAUAUUUAAGUUACUUGAAGUGCUCAUUUUAAUAUACAGUAUAUUUUUUUGAACAUCAAAUAUCCUUUCCAAAAACUUGCCAAUUUGGUUCUAUUUAAAAUUUUUAUGGCAAUUUUUGCAUGUGGUUUUACACAAUGCUUAACGCUGACAAGUUCAUGUUCAAAAGCGGAUGGGUUAGUGAUAUAAAAUGUACAUAAUUAAAAGCUGUCUUUGACAAUCGCUGUCUUUUCAGUACAGACAGCAGUCACAUUGAUGACAAUUCCAAGAGUGUGUCUUAACAAACCUAUUUGCUCAAAGAGUAAAUGAGCAUUGAGAAAGCCUUUUUACUUUUCCAAAUUACUCAAUAUUCAUGUUUUUUUUAACUUCCUUAGUUUAAAGAAGGAAGCAAUUCCUCAACCAUUAUACUGUCUACAAUAUGCAUGUUUUGUGCAUCCUACUCAGAAAAACAAAGGCUUGAAGUUUUUUUGUACAGAAUUUUAAGGUACGUGUGUUAUUAGUCCUCUUAAAACAUGCCUGAGGACCAAAUGGCAAAAGACACUAAAAAAGGCAAAAUAAGCUUCCUUUGAAGUCCCCAAAUUACUGUAUCAUUAGAUAUUAAACUUUAUACCAGUAACUUAUAAAGAAAUAAAGUUGCAAAGUAAAUAA